ACGAUGCACCAUGAUGGGACGUCACGCACACUGGCGUCGUGUCGGGAUUGGAAUGUAACAGAGUAACAAUCGGAACAACUGAGCAAUAGGUGACUGGGCUCGCGGAUCAAGGAACUCAGUUGAUUUUAUUUACUAAGGAAACAUCCUGUGAAACUCGCUGUAAAAGGGAAACGUCGCUUUCCAGAGCCGGCGUCCCGAUGAAGAGGAAAUCCACUUCUUGCGCGUGUGAAGGUCCACGGAGAGCGCUGGAAUAAGAGAAAUGCAGGGAUUCGUGAGGUUACCAUCGUUCCGGUGAACUGUUUUUGUUUCGGAGGUGAAUGGAGUAGCGGUGGGCUUCAGUUUAGAUUGGAUGUGUGAACUGGAAACGCCACGGCAUCGAACAUAAACCUCGGUCGUUAUAUUAUUAACGACUUUACAUCUUUUCCAGCGGGACCCCCUGCUCUCCAAAGACGAACUCCAUGAGUCAGUGCCGCCGCAACUCUCAGACGCGUUUAUCUAGCGUUUUUAUUACUCCAACUUAAGUCAGUGAGUAAGCAUAGGCUACCUGAUUGUGUGUUUAUAAUGAUCUUAACAGGUUCGGUUACGGCUGCGUUGUGAAAUGUCGCUACUAGACAGACGAGGGAGAGCGAGGAGCCCGAUGUAAAAUCGCCCACAUGCGCUGGAUCAAUCGCUUGCUGUUCGGUGAUCGGAAUCUGAAGAGUUGUAAAUCCUCGCAGGCUGGAAGAUGGCGGAGCAGUACUAUAGCUGGAGGGGGUGGUGGUGCUGCUGCUGAGAGACAAACUUCCAACCGCUUGAGAUUUAUUUGCAAACACCGCGAUCUGGACACAUGCAGGCCAAAAAACGAUAUCUGAUCUCGCUCUUAACCGGCGCCUUUCUAGUUCUGCUCUUUUACUUUGGAGGAGGGGUCCCGGGUCCGGCGGCCACGGGAUCCAGGAGCCGACAUGGAUAUAAUCGUCCCGAUCAGCCGUGGCCACACUUCUCGGAUCCCUUACAACACUUGAGCCCGUGGGACCAUUCGGACACGGAGGAAUAUAAUGUGCACAUAUCGCCCAGGCAGAAGAGAGACGUUAACUCGAGCGUUUACAAGGGCAAAAGGUGCCGCAUGCAAUCAUGCUUCGAUUUCUCUCUCUGUCAGAGGAACGGAUUCAAAGUGUACGUGUACCCGCAGCAGAAGGGCGAGAAGAUCUCGGAAAGUUACCAGAACAUCUUAUCCACCAUCGAGGGCUCUAGGUUUUACACUUCUGACCCUGGUCAAGCGUGUCUGUUCGUCCUGAGCUUGGACACUCUUGACCGCGACCAGUUAUCGCCGCAGUACGUGCACAAUCUCAAAACCAAGGUGCAGAGCUUGCCUCUUUGGAACAAUGGUAGGAAUCACCUCAUAUUUAAUUUGUAUUCGGGCACAUGGCCCGACUACACGGAAGACUUGGGCUUUGACAUCGGACAGGCCAUGCUGGCCAAAGCAAGCAUCAGUACUGAGAACUUCAGACCUAACUUUGACGUAUCCAUCCCCUUGUUCUCCAAGGAGCACCCAAGGACCGGUGGGGACAGGGGGUACUUGAAAUACAACACCAUUCCACCUUUUAGAAAGUAUAUGUUGGUAUUUAAGGGGAAACGCUAUUUGACCGGCAUCGGCUCGGACACGAGGAAUGCCUUAUAUCAUGUUCAUAACGCGGAGGAUGUAGUUCUUCUCACCACCUGCAAACAUGGCAAGGAUUGGCAGAAACACAAGGACGCGCGAUGUGACAAGGACAACGCCGAAUAUGACAAGUAUGACUACCGUGAAAUGCUGCACAAUUCCACCUUCUGUCUGGUUCCACGAGGACGACGGCUGGGAUCUUUUCGCUUCCUGGAGGCUCUGCAGGCGGCCUGCGUGCCGGUCAUGCUGAGUAACGGUUGGGAACUCCCCUUCUCGGAGGUCAUCGACUGGAACACGGCGGCUGUGAUCGGGGAUGAGAGGCUCCUACUGCAGAUCCCGUCCACGGUGCGCUCCAUUCAUCAGGAUAAGAUUCUGGCUCUGCGACAGCAGACGCAGUUCUUGUGGGAGGCCUACUUCUCGUCCGUGGAGAAGAUUGUGCUCACCACUCUAGAAAUCAUACAGGACCGAGUGCUUCAGCAGACCUCCAGGAGCAAUCUGAUGUGGAACAGUCAUCCCGGCGGGCUUUUCACACUGCCGCAGUACUCAUCCUACCUGGGCGACUUCCCUUUCUUCUACGCCAAACUUGGGAUCAAGCCGAGUCCUAAGUUCACUGCUGUUAUCCAUGCCGUCACGCCGCUGGUUUCUCAAUCUCAACCCAUUCUUAAGCUCCUCGUCUCAGUGUCCAGAUCUCAGUACUGCGCUCAGAUUAUUGUAUUGUGGAACUGUGACAAGCCUUUACCUGCCAAGCAUCGAUGGCCGGCCACCUCAGUGCCCAUCAUCGUCAUCGAAGGAGAGAACAAGGUCAUGAGCAGCCGGUUUCAGCCGUAUGACAGUAUCAUCAGUGAUGCAGUGUUGAGUCUGGAUGAGGACACGGUGUUGUCGACCACUGAGGUGGACUUUGCCUUCACGGUGUGGCAGAGUUUCCCGGAGAGAAUUGUGGGAUAUCCUGCCCGCAGUCACUUCUGGGACAAUAAUAAGGAGCGCUGGGGUUACACCUCUAAAUGGACCAAUGACUAUUCCAUGGUUCUCACCGGAGCUGCCAUUUACCACAGAUAUUACCACUUCCUGUACACCCACUUCCUGCCAAACAGCCUGAAGAGCAUGGUGGACCAGCUGGCCAACUGUGAGGAUAUCCUCAUGAACUUCCUAGUGUCUGCCGUCACCAAGCUGCCGCCCAUCAAGGUCACACAGAAGAAGCAGUACAAGGAGACCAUGAUGGGUCAGUCAUCUCGAGCCUCACGCUGGGCCGACCCGGACCACUUUGCCCAGCGUCAGACCUGCAUGAACAAGUUCGCCAGCUGGUUUGGCGGCAUGCCUCUGGUCCACUCCCAAAUGAGACUGGACCCUGUACUGUUCAAGGACCAGGUCUCCAUCCUCCGCAAGAAAUACAGGGAGAUCGAGCGGCUCUGACCAGACUGGCGCCCCCUGUCGGACAUUCAACAGGGGGCCGCGAGAGACUCUCCGGAGCACAGGAGGACCAUAGCGGACGAGCCCAUGGCUCAGUUUUCCCUUCAGCACACGAGCAAAGGACACAAGGACGUGACGGCCUCUGUGGACCUUCAGACACACGUGACACGCUUUUAACUCUUCGGAAGAUUUAGUUUUGUUUCAGGGUUGGUAACACAACAGAUGAACUGAUCUUUCCCAGCACACGAGAGAGUUGUUGGACGACAGGAGGGACGCAUCAUUUGUGUUAGCACUUCUUCACCACGCCACAUCUGGAUACAUCCAUCUUCCCGCCAUAUUCAUGUUCUCCGAAUCUGUUCUUUCCGAGGUCUCGGAGAAAAUGAGCCGGGUUUUGUGUGCGAGUGAGCUCGUAUGGUUUUAUUUCCAAGUUUUUGAGGUAUUGCAUUGCAAAAAAAUGUUUUUCCAGUACAAAUGUCUAAAAAGAAAUGUUUAAAUCAAGAUGCAUUUACUUGAGAAGCAACAAGAUAUUAAGUCAAAAAAUGAAGUGAGUUUGUGCUUUAAAAUGAGAAAAAAAAAAGUCAGAAAAAAAAUCUUGUUUUCUCUUUGAAUGAAGUUUAUUUUUCUGACUCCACUGACAGAUAUUUGUUCUUGUUUUAAGCACAAACUCAAGAUAUUAAGUCAAGAAAAUCAAGAGUUUGUGCUUAAAACAAGAAUAUCUGUCAUUGGAGUCAGAAAAAUAAACUUAAUUCAAAGGAAAAACAAGAUUAUUUUUCUGACAUUUUUUUUUCUUCUCAUUUUAAGCACAAACUUUCAUUUUCAUGAUUUUCUUGACUUAAUAUCUUAUGUUGCUUCUCAAGUAAAUGCAUCUUGAUUUAAGAGCGUUUAGACGUUUUAAAUGAAAAGCAUGACUUUUUUUGCAGUGUAGGGGCUUUUUAUUAUUUUCAAAAGACUUCCUAAUGAUCAUUUAGAUUCAGUGGAAUUGAUUCUGUGUAGGUUGAAAAGUUCACAAACGCAGAAGUGUGCAAAAUAAAUUGCAUUUGUAACGGCGUUCCCUCUUAUUAGUGGCAUAGCCAGCGUUUAAACACCCUGCAGUAUUUUAUUGCUUUUAUUUUUAAAAAAUGGUGCCAAGACUAAUGAGUUGCCUUAAGUGGCUUAUCAAACCCUCCCUACCUAAUUAAUUCAUGCAAAUCCACCUUAAAAAAAAUUUAAUUAGAAUUCCCCAAAUCCUCACAGCCAGACUUGGAAAAAUGAGCAUGGACGCCGUCUAUUUAGACGAGAAAACUUUGGUAGACAGGUUGCAUCGUAAGGACUUACGGCCGUAGUUUAAGAGAGAUGUCUCUCACCUCCUUUAUCUUCCCUGUCCCUGUGAAAAAUGAGCUGUCCGUCAAAGUUCAAUGGCACUGCCUCAUUCCUCCCUCCUAUUUUAAACGCAACUCCUUCGCAUAUAAAACUCACUCAGCCACAAAUGGACACCCGGCUAAUUUAUGUCCCCUGCAAAAGCGACAGGCUUCCUCUACAUCAAAAUGUACAUCCUUUCUGGUUGAUUUCCGGCUCUCGAGACCAGUGUUGUUUCUCUGUGUUUUCCAGAGAGCGGAGCGCGUCGUCAGCCUCCGCUCACAGGUACUUGAAUGUCUGAUGACUUGAAGGAGUGCCGUGCUUUAGUGGCCUUUUGUGAAGGUGACUGGACUUAAAAUGUGCCAGCUGUGAGCCAAAGCCUUUUUAUUUUCCUUUUCACUUUCCCUUCACAUUAUGCAUCAGAUUUCAUAUCGUACACUACGUCGCGGUCAGCCCACGCUGACAUUUAAACACAUAUCUGACACUGAAUGUUGUUUAGGAACCCGUUCUGCAGACUUCAGUUGUUGUGCAUUGUAUUUUAAUAAGCUUUUGUCAAUCUGCAGAUGAACUGACAUUAUCAGAACCAAGUGAAAAUCCUAAUUAUGGCCUGAAUGAAAUUUUAAAGUGUUUCGUCCAUCUUGACAUUUACGUUUGGGUGCUUGCUUGAAUCUUGUUAUACAAGUAUGUGAAUUAAUUUCAAGUCCCUGAAAGCUUCUACUAUAAUUGUCCUCUUAACGGUUGCAUUUGUAAUUAGUUUUGACUUUUUGUUUUAACACAAACGGCCCACAUCUGGUUGAGUUUUAAGUUCAGCAAACCAAUUUAAAUUUUUAUAUGAUUGUCAUUGUCCACGUCUGGCCUCACAAAUCAUUAGACGCUUCAAAAGCGUGACUUAUCACUGUACAUACAGCUGAUUAUAUAUACCGUCUGAGAUCGUUUCAGGGGGCAGCUGUGUGCCUCAAAUGUCUGUUUUGAUUAUUAUGUACAUCCCACCCUGUCUCUAUGCCCUUGCCAACACUGUCAUCAGGGCUUGUGAUACGCCCAACAUCGUCCAGAUCUGCCCGAGGCCCUUGUCGUGUACGAACGACACUCUGAUAGGUGUUUGCAUUGAUGCCAAUGUUAUUUUAAUUACCCAGCUUAACGUGACAAAGCCAUUCAUUUGAAAUCGGCCGGUUGAAUGCUGCUGCUACAAACACACACUUGCAAGAUCACCAAAGAAUCUUGGCGAAUUUAAACUCAUUGCUUAAGCGAAGUAAUUUGUCAUGGUUUCUGUACUUGUUCAUCAUUCUCAUUUAGUCUCGAGGCAAACUAGUAAAUCUGCAUACUAAUUUUAACUUACUUCAUCUGCAUACUUACAUUAUGUUCUGUGAUUAGCAAUAAGCAAUAUGCUCAAAAACAUCACUGAUCUCUCCGUGAUUGUGCCUUUUGAUUCGAGUGAAUUGAGUUUGUGACACCCGAAUAAUGUUGCGUCAUCUGCCGACACUAAUAAGGUUUCACAGCAUCCGACUGUAUUGCUCACGUUAGGCUGUUAACCAGACUUGCAUGACCACUUUAGACUAUUUAUGAGUAAAUACUGGUUUGUUUUUGGGUUAUUUUUGUUCAGAUCUGUUUGUUUUGCUCCCUCCUGUCCUGACCUGUCAUCCCAGUAAUUAACAGAUGACUUUUUAUAGAGGUAAUAAAGAAAAUGCAAAAUGCCAAUUUUGUAUGGAUGAUUUAUAAGAAAAUGAAUAAAGUCAUAUUUGAUGCUAUAA